GCUAGUUUAAAGAAUUAACCCAAGAGAUCCGAUCCAGUAAUCACCGGCAGUGCUCCACAACAUCCCCUCUCUCUCUCUCUCUCUCUCUCUCUCUCUCUCUCUCUGGAUUUUGGUUAGAACAGUGCCUCACUCUCCUCAACCUUCUGCUUACUUCUGUAUUCGACAGAUAAAGCAUUGGAAAAUGAAAGCAUUGGGAUGGUGGUUAGUUAUAGUUGGAUGUCUCCGUUUAGCUUCCGUUUGGUUUGGUUUCUUUGACAUUUGGGCACUCCGUCUCGCCGUAUUCUCUCUAUCACCCAUGACUGAAGUGCAUGGGAGAACAUUUGGAAUCUGGACUCUUCUUACCUGCACUCUUUGCUUUCUUUGUGCUUUUAACCUCGAAAACAAGCCACUUUAUACUGCUACAUUUUUGUCAUUCGUUUAUGCAUUUGGUCAUUUUUUGACAGAGUAUCUCGUAUAUCAAACAAUGGCCAUCGGUAAUCUCACAACAGUCAGCAUAUUUGCAGGCACGUCAAUGUUAUGGAUGCUGUUACAGUGGAAUGCACAUCAACCCAAGCUUCAGGUUACACUAAAGGUGGAGUGAAAUCAGAAUCAACUCUUGCUGUAUUAUUACUUGUGCAAAGGAACAGUGUAUUACUUUGGGUUUGUCAUCUGUAAUUGUACUAUUAGCAUUCAGUUUUGGCUAUUUAUUCCCGGAGAAUUUAGCAUUUGACCGUGAUUCAGAAUAGAACAAUUUAUGCUCAAAAUUCAAAUACACAAAUUUGCAAUCGUGUUGAA